UACCAAACCACUUAAUCCACCACUCGAUAAGAGCAAUUAUCGUGAUUUAUUACAAGUAAUAUGUCAAUCGUACAACAUGGUCCUUAAAAUUGAACGUGUGACCGAAGGGUGCGUUUUGGGGGAAGGUCCGCACUGGGAUUCCCAGAACCAAGUCCUUUACUUUGUCGAUAUAUUAGGAAAAAGUUUGCUGAAAUACAACCCCUCAACUAGUAAAGUGUCCAAAGUCUCAGUAGCCCCUAAUGAACCAUCGAUUAUAAUACCACUGGCAGGUAAAACUGAUCAGUUUUUAAUUACUUUGAAUAACGAACUAGUCGUUAUUACGUGGGAUGGUGAGAGCGACACAUUCACCAAGAACGAAACGCUAUAUAGCGAGCCGAAUGGGAACAAAUUUAACGAUGGAAAAUGUGAUGCGUCUGGACGGCUUUGGACAGGUACUUAUGGAACCCCUCCUGAGGACAUCACGACUAUCCCUCCAGUUGGUACACUAUACAGUCUAAACGCACAACGUCAACUAAUACCUCAUGUUGGUGAAAUUAGAGCUUCCAAUGGUUUAGCUUUCAAUGAUAAAACUCAGAAGAUGUACUACAUUGAUACUCUGAAAGGCGCCGUGGACCGGUUUGAUUUAGACGUAGUAGAAGGAAAAGUUUCAGAGAGAAAAGUCUGGUUCACUUUGAAGGAACACAACGUUCCCGGUUUCCCUGACGGUAUGACUAUAGAUACGGAUGGUAAUUUAUGGGUCGCUGUUUUUGAAGGAAGUAGGAUAAUCAAAGUAGACGGGAGUAAGCCAGAAACGUUAUUAGACACGAUAGAAAUGCCAGCUAGACAGGUAACAUCGCUGGCUUUUGGGGGUCCAAAUUUGGAUGAAUUAUAUGCAACGACUGGAACUUUUGCCUUCGGUGGGGACAAACCAGAGCCACCUGUGAACGGAGCAACGUAUAGAAUAACAGGACUAGGGGUUAAAGGAGCUCCUGCUGUGAGAUUCAAAUUAAACUGAAAAAAAAAGUUCAAAAAUAAAUAUUUAUGCAUAAAUAACUAAGAUAUUUUCAUAAAUUUAAGUUAGUGACUCACCCUGUAUAUUUGUCUUCACUAGGACAUUGCUUACGUCGUUUUGAAAAAAUUAUUAAACUAAUUUUGAAGGUGAAAA